ACGUGCUUCGAUAUCCAUUUCUCCAACGCUCCGACGUUGAUGGGCUGGCGCACCCGUCCCGCCAUGGUCUUAAUUAGAGAUGUUGCCGGCCAAUGUCAGGCCAAGCUAUCAGGAGAACGGGCAGUAAAGCGGCGGGUGAUGUUGUGCUUCUUGUUGUUGUUGACGACGUGUUGAUGCGUUGUUCUUCCCUGAUUUACUGGCGAGACUGGGACCCCAGGAUGCCCGUCACCGCUGCUUGGUUAGCUUGUUCCACUUCCGUGCAAGUCUUACAACCAAUGAAAACAGCCGUCUUGACGCCAAAUGAUAGCACCGGUAACUGUGACAUCUGUCGCCGAGCAAUGUUGUGUUGUUCCAUCGCCGCCCCCGACUCGAGGCCGAGGUACGGAGUAGGGCUGCGAGCUGGACAAUGGAGCUUGCCCGAGCCGAGGUUGUUCAGGUUGCAUGGAUCUGGGGCCGAUGCUGUAGCCUCGCCUUUACAGCUUCCCGACCCCCGCACGGAGGCUCCGGCAAUUCUUUGGGGGUCAAGUUCUCCAUCUGGGGUUGGCUUGUGGGGUGAAAGCGAAUUGAGUUGUGCAAUUGUGGCUGCUUGAGAUUGCAAAAGUACAGUUGAGGAGCGAGAGGUUCGAUUUUCAUACCAGCCAGCUAAAGCAUGUUUGUACAACACACAGUUCGGAGUCGGAGGGAAAGGGAAGGGAAGGCGGAUAGUUCAAACGAGGCCCUAAAAAAAGGAGCAAAAAUAUGAAUCGAAUCUGGUCUCCCAGAAGGUUGGUUCCAAAGAUUGGGGAAUGGAGUAUUUUGGGCCAACUCACGGUCACAUCCGGUAAAAGGCAGGAAAUGAGUUCGGUCUGAGCGGGCCCACUCCGAUUUUAGGCACAGAAAACACGACUUAUAAAGGCUGUCAACAUCCACGUGACUA